ACAGUCCAUACUUCAUAGAGGACCUUCAACAAAAUGGCUAUAGAAUUUACCCAAGCGCAACUAGACGAAAUCUACGCCUUUGCAGUCGAUCUCGGUCGAAAGGCCGGCGAUCUUCUCCUCGAGCGCCUCGAUAGGCAGAUCGCAGGCGAUGGACAUACCGCAUACACAGAGAAGGACAACGCAGUUGACAUCGUCACGCAAACAGACGAGGACGUGGAAACAUUCAUCAAAACCGCAAUUCAAGAGAGAUACCCAGAGCACAAAUUCCUCGGCGAAGAAACCUACGCACAGGGUGAAUCCCGCUCAUACCUAAUCGACGCACAUCCAACAUGGUGCAUCGACCCUCUAGACGGAACCGUCAACUUCACACACCUCUUCCCCAUGUUCUGCGUCUCGAUCGGGUUCCUGGUGUCCCACCGCCCAGUCAUCGGUGUCAUUUAUGCCCCCGCCACGAACCAGCUCUUCUCUUCUUGUGUCAACCGCGGCGCCUGGUUAAAUGACCCCCGUGGCUCGCGCCGACUGCCGCUACGCCGUAACCCCAUCCCCCCGAUGCCAGCCACGUCGCCGAGGGGGUGUAUCUUUGCCUGUGAGUGGGGCAAGGAUAGACGGGAUAUCCCUGGGGGAAAUCUAUCCCGCAAGGUGGAGAGCUUUGUGAGUAUGGCGGCGGAAAGUGGGGGAAUGGUACACGGGGUAAGGAGUCUGGGGAGUGCAGCGUUGGAUCUGGCGUAUACGGCUAUGGGGGCGGUGGAUAUUUGGGAUGUAGCUGCCGGCCGGGGGCUGGUCACGACGGCGAAUCCGCCGGCGAACCCCCAGACGGAUCCGAUUGAGGAGGUGGGAUUGGGGAGUCGGUUGUAUCUGGCUGUUCGGCCGGCUGGGCCGUCCGAAACCGAGACGGGGAGACAGACGCAGGAGAGGACUGUGAGGGAGGUGUGGAAGCGCGUGAGGGAGUUGGAUUAUACACGACCUGGUGCAUAG